GAUGCAGCCCUGGUGACAACCGCAGUCUGCCGACGCCGCCAUGGGGAACAAGCUGAGCUGCUCGUGUGCGCCACUCAUCCGCAAGGCGUACCGCUACGAGGACUCUCCGUGGCAGACGUCGCGCCGCAGGGAUGGUCACCUGCUCAGGCUGUGGGCCGAAGUAUUCCACGUGAGCGCCAGCGGCGCCGGCACCGUCAAGUGGCAACAGGUGAGCGAGGACCUGGUGCCUGUCAACAUCACGUGCAUCCAGGACUCGCCCGAGUGCGUCUUCCACAUCACGGCCUACAACAGCCAGGUCGACAAGAUCCUCGACGUCCGGCUCGUGCAGCCAGGAACUCGGAUCGGACAAGCGUCAGAAUGCUUCGUAUAUUGGAAGGAUCCAAUGACCAACGAUACCUGGGGUCUCAACUUCACAUCUCCUAUCGACGCUAAACAAUUCAGAGAAUGCUGCUCGCCGUCGUUCAAGUUCUCACGCAAGGCGUCGUCGUCGUACUCGCUGAAGCUGGAGCCGCCGAGCAAGCAGAAGCUGAAGGCGAAGCGCAAACCGCUGUCGACGCCGGCCAGCCCGUCGCGCUCUCGCGAGCCGCAGUGCACCUGCAUGACGGCCGAGCAGUACGCGCGCCUGCGCGCCCAGGACCCGCGCUACAGAGGGUCCGCCACGCUGCCGCGGGCGCAAACACGCGGCACAGACACGGACGCGGCGCCGGGCUCCCGCGGGGACAAGGUAACGGCGGCCACCUCCAGCACCUCCCUGUACGACAACGUGAGUGGCGGGGGCGGCGUCGGCGGUGGCAAGGCGUCUGCGUCAACGCUACCGGGCGGCGGCGGCGGCACGGGGGGCGGCGGCGGCCGGCAGACGCGGGACCGCGGUACGCAGCAGCAGGACGCCGCCACCAACGGCUCCCUCAAGGCCUCCUCCGCGGGGGCGGCGCCGGCGGCGGCGUCGGCCGCGACCGGGACGGCAUCCGCGUCGGUGGGAACGCAGCAGAACCACGUGGGCUCGCAGGCGUCGGCCGGGCCGCCAGAGGAGGCGUCCAAGAGCGAGGGCACGCAGGCCGGCGGCACGCUGGGCGGCAGCCGGCUGGGCGGCCUGGGGGCGGCGGGGGCGGCGCCGGGCGCGGGAGGCGGCCGCCGCGACGCGCACACCCACGCGCACCACCACGUGCUCGCCGCCACCAAGUCGGUCGACUACCCGGAUACGGACAUGGUGCGCGAGGCGGAGCUGCGCGCCGCCCACCACCACAACCUCAACAACAACAACAAUAACAAUAACAACAACAACAAUAACAAUAACAACAACAACAACAACCGGAGAUCCAAGAGCAAGAGCACCGACGAUAUGAGCGUGGGCGGCGUCUCGCUGGACUCGAACACGCUGAAGCGCAUGCUGAAGCCGAUGCCGUCGCAGCAGGAGAGCCCGGUGACCUCGCCGGAGAUGACGCGCCGGCGCUACAACUACUACAACCACGGCCACCACCACCACCACCAUCACCACCACGGCGGCGCCAUCAACAACAACGGCCGGCACGUGUUGUCGGAGCCCGAGUCGAACCACCACCGGUCGGGCGGCCGCUUCUCCGGGUCGCGCUCCUCGCACGAGAUCGGGCGCGGCUACGGCGGCGGCGGGCGCGGCCUCUACCUGGAGCUGGACGCGCGCGGCGGCGGCGUGGGCAGCUGCGGCGACCUGUCGCCCCCCUCGGACAACGUGCUGUUCGACAAUCAGUGCUACGCGACGACACCCAGCUCGAGCAACGGCAACUCGGACCUGGACCAGCCCACGUCGACGGCGCCCGGCACCGGCCAGGCCACGCCCACGCCCGGCUCGCCCACGUCGCGCCUGCUGCUCGAGUACGAGAUGCACCUGCGCAACACGCUGGCCAAGGGCAUGGACGCCGAGAGCUACAGCCUGCACACGUUCGAGGCCCUGCUCACGCAGAGCAUGGAGAACCUGGAAUCCAUUUUGUCAAGUAAGCGAUCCCAGGAGCAACUACCGCAGCAGGAGCCGCCGCUGGUGCAACCGCCUCCACUGCAGCAGCUGCAGCAGCAGUUACAGCAGCAACAACAGCAGCAACAGCAACAACAGCAACCCCAACUGCUGCAGCAGCAGCCGCAGCAACCGCAACCGCAGCAGCAACAACAGCAAAAGUCAGUGGAACAGCAGCACAGGGAGCAGCACCUGCAAAGGUUGCACCUACAGCUGCAGCAGCUGCUGCUGCAGUACCAACAGCAACAGCAGCAACAGCAGCAGCAACAACAGCAACAGCAGAAGCAGCAGCAGCUGCAGCAAACGCCCAAAAAGCCGCAGACUGGUCGGCCGCAGCAGAAACCAGUGCGGCAGUUGCUGCAGCAACCGAACGGGCGCCAAACCACCCCGCGGGUGCAAGAUGGCCGCCAGUCGGCCACCUGGCGGCCGGAGGCUCAACAAGCUAAAGGCAAACCGCCUUCCGCCGCGGGCGCCGCGCAGCGGCAAGAGACGGAACUGCAGCGCUUACUGCAGCACCUCAAGCUGGAAAUGUCUGUGGAGGAGCUACACGCCAAACUGCGUGAGAUUCUGGAGAAACGAGAGUUUGCCGAAAGUCUUCCUGGAUCCACGCAGCGCAGCCCGUAUCCAUCUAGAAGGCGUCCGGGCAGCAGCGCCAGCAUGAACAAGUCGUCGACCCUGCCGCUGCCGCACCGCGCCGUGGAGCGGCCGGCCUCCAGCGCCAGCAGGGACCGGGACAGGGAUAGGGACAGAGACCGCGAGGGAUACUACAGCGACCGCAACGAGCUCAUCCGGGAGCGCGAGCGCGAGCGGGAGCGCGAGCGGGAGCGCGGCUACCUCAGCGACCACAACUCCAGGUACCGGGACAGAGACCGCGAGGGCUACUACAGCGACCGCAACGAGCUGCUGCGAGAGCGGGAGCGAGAGAGGGAGCGCGACCGAGACGCCGGCUACCUCAGCGACCACAACUCCAGGUGCGCCUCGUGCCUGGGCGAGUCCGCGCGCGCCCAGUGGUUCCGCCACUCGGACGGCUGGCGCGCCGGGUCGUCCACCCUGGGCUCUGGGUCGGCCUCGCAGGCGCCGAGCAUCGGGGGCGGCGGGGGCGGCCACAGGCGUUCGCCGUGGGACUCGCUGCCUUCGCUGCGCCACGAGGGCUCGCUCGGUGACAGCGGCUACAAGUCCAACCGCGCUGACUCCUUCGAGCAGAGGAACAUCUUCGACCGGCAGGACAGCCUGCGCUCCGACUACAUGAGCGACCGCGAGAGCCGCUACGGCAUCGUGCAGCAGGCCUCCAUCGAGAGCACGGACUCGCGCCUCUGCUACCUCACCUCCUCUGAGGUAAGUCUCUUCCUCCGUCUGCCGUCCUCGUGCACGCAGCUCUGGUCACCGUCUCCGGUAAGUACGCCGGCGAGCCUCAGCGAACAGACCCCGUACAGGUAGACCCCACUUCAGUGUGCUCCGACACGUCUCAAGUACGGAAGGUGUGAUGUUUCGUCAAGAAGCGUUCUGAAAGCUGCUAGGCUUCGAUGUGAUCCUUAUAGUCCGAUUUAAAUUAGGAGGCAGUUGACGUUCAGGAUCACAAGUCGCGACGUAGUCCUGACCCUACGGUAGUAAAUAUUUCAAAAUGGUCAUUUUUCAAAACCACCAAGAGUUGGUGAUAAAAUAAUUCCAUAUCUACCAACAGUUUCGCUAGUCUGUUCAUCUUCAGGUAUCAUACAAUUAUUUACUUCAGCCUUUCCUGCCAACAUUAUGACUGUGGCGUCAAAUAAAAGCCAGUUACGCGGAAUGGGUUUUAUUCCAUGUGAUGUCACAGUAGGAAGGCUGUUUUAACCACACGAAGGUGAUCAAAAGAUCGGAACCGACAGUUGAUUAAAAAUUAAUUUAUCCGCAUCUCUUGACGGUUUUAAGACAAAAAUUUUACAAAAUCGCUUUGAAGUCUCUAUUUUCCACCGCUAUCACGAAAAAUCUGAAAUCCGCGUAUGGUACUGAUCUGUAUAGUAUCUCUAAGCGUUUCAAAAAUCUGCCCAUGAUUUAUUUAGGGCCGAAGGUAUGGUAAUUUUUCUGAAUGGAAUAUACUGUUUCCCCCCACGAAACAGUUUUAAAUGUAUCAUGUCAUAUCAUGAAAA